UCUUAUCUGAGUUCUGACUUCUGACAGUUGAAUACCCUCUGUCGUGGUUUUAAGUGAUUUGUUUUCAAAAUUGCAAUGAAUAUUUGCGUUUAAUAGAGUUUUAAUUGAAUGCAUACUAACAAUUAGGCAAAAAUGAUGUGUUCGUAUUUAACAGUGGCUUUUGCAGUACUUUUAAUACAUAGUAGUCAGGGGGAAUUAUCAAGUGAAGAUUGUUCAUCUUUGGGAUUCAUUAAAUCGAAUCUACUGUGUUCCUCUUGUGAUCAAUUAAAAGAUUUCAGUUUGGACCAAUUAGUUGAACACUGCAAGCAAUGUUGUCACCAAGAUGAAUCGGCGCCUAAGGAGAAAAAGUACGCGCGAGCGAUACUUGAAGUUUGUACGUGUAAAUUCCCGGCGUAUCCACAAAUCCAGGCAUUUGUUAAAAGUGAUAGACCGGCCAAAUUCCCUAAUCUACAAAUUAAGUAUGUACGAGGCUUAGACCCAAUUAUUAAAUUGUUAGACAAAGAUGGUAUAGUCAAGGAUACAGUUGCUAUAGAAAAAUGGAAUACUGACUCUGUAGAAGAAUUCUUGAAUACUCAUUUAGUUAAAGAAGAUGAUGAUGAUAGAGGAUUUUUAAAGACAAAUCUAAUUUAAUUGUUAAUAAAUAGUUUACAUACA